CUAGCAGGAAAAAGUAAACUGAAAUGUAUAUGUAAUAAAAGCACAUUUCACAGAAACUACAGAUGGCAGAAACAUCCCCUUCUGAAGCAGAUACCCAGCCAGAGUGGCAGACACUGGAAGCCAGAAGCCAGGGGGGUGAGAAUCAGUAUUACAACAUUUACCAGUAUACAAUGAAACGGUUUCCAGAGGAUAUCCACAGGUUUUGUCACCCAGACUUGCCUCACCUUAGAAGGAAAGAGCUGCUAAAACUGCUGAGAAGUCUAGAUGAAGACUCUGAACUCAGCUGCCAACGACUGCAGAUCUUGUUCUCAUUUUCAGUUCCAAGUGCAGAAGUGCUGAGCUUCAUAGUUAGCCUGAAUGUUCCUAUCAUUUCUGCUGGUGCUGGAACUGGAUAUUGGGAAUUCCUGCUUCAGAGUCGUGGAGUUGAUGUGAUAGCAUUUGACAAAAACACCUUGUAUCCAGCAGAGAUGAGAUACAUGGAAGUCCUGACCAGUGGCUCAGAAAUCCUAGAGCAGUUUCCAGAGCGAGCCUUGCUAUUGGCUUGGCCAGAUGCAGAAGAGUCUUCGACCUUUUCUCUUAACUGUCUGGCUCAUUUCAAAGGAGAUCUAAUCUUCCAUGUUGGAGAACUUCUUGGUGAAACCUUAUCAUCUAAUCCCUGGGGACAGUCAACAUCAGCAGAUUUUCAGGUAGCUUUGGCCCAGGAUUUUUGUUGUGUGAGCCGCAUUCAUCUUCCAGCCUGGCCUGGACACUUGGAUUCUUUCACGGUUUGGAGGAGAAAACAUGCACAGCCUGUGAUCUGUGAGGGAGCACACUUUCAUUAUGUGAAUAUUGGUCAGAGAGUUUAUUUGUAAGAGUUGGAAGAAAGACAACAGGGCCAGAGCAGAAUCUACAGCAUCUCAUACUUUGUAUUUUUAUGUUUUAAGUACUAACAAAUGCAGUUAUAUAAAUGACUGCAUAUGUGGUGCACAAACAUCAGGGCAGUUCAGCUUAUAUAGCUCCAAAGUGAGUCACACUGAUUUACACAUCACAGCGAUGUAUUUGUUAUGGAGAGUAGCAUGUAAAUAUAAUAUGUAUGUUUUCCUAUCCCAUCUAGGCUCAUUAAAUAGUUGCAGCAUUGCUUGCAACUCUGAGAGAUGGAAGUGUCUAGGCAUUCUGUGUACUGUUGUAUAUUACCUCUAGCUGUAUUAUUUAUGAUUAUUAAAAAUGAUCAUUUAAUAAA